AUGGCGACGGUGACAACAAACAAGACUUCUACCGACUUACCUCAACAUGAUGAUUUGGAGAAACCAAAUGUCCGCCAUGACGAGAUCAUAAAUUCCAUGAGCGCAAGUGAGCAGAAACGACUCAUCAGACGCAUUGAUACCCGUCUCGUUAUCACACUGGGCUGCCUGUACUGCAUCAGUCUACUGGACAGGACCAAUAUGGGCGCAGCAUCAGUUGCAGGAAUGCAGAAAGAUCUGAACAUGAACGCAGCCAACAAUGGCUACAGCAUAACGUCGCUGGUAUUCUUCAUCACAUAUACAAUCUUUCAAAUCCCAGCCACGGCAAUCAUCCGGAAAAUCGGGCCCAGAAUAUUUAUCUCGACCAUCGUUCUGUUAUGGGGAGCUGUUAUGAUAGCAUUCGGAUUCGCUCCAACAUGGCCGGUAAUGGCUGGCCUACGCGUGAUUCUCGGGGCUCUCGAGGCUGGCUUUUACCCGGGUUGCAUCUUCCUGCUUAGUACAUGGUAUCCGCGCUACGAGCUCCAAAAGCGCAACGCUGUCUUUUACCUAAUUGGGAGCAUGGCUUCGGGUCUCGGUGGUAUAUUAGCAUAUGGAUUGAUGCAGAUGGAUGGAAUUUCCGGACGGACAGGCUGGGAAUGGAUUUUCAUCUCAUGGAACUUCCUCAACGAAUCCGAAGCCGCCUUCAUAGUCGCCCGUCUAGAAGCCGAUCGCUCAGACGUCUACUCCGAACCAUUCUCCCUAAAAUCAUAUCUCUCAAACGCAGCCGAUAGCAAAGUCUGGGCCUAUAGCCUACUUUACCUCCUCACUACAGCAAAUACUUACUCCAUCGCCUUUUUCCUGCCGAUUAUUCUGCAGGAAAGUAUGGGGUUUUCGGUCGCGAAGGCUCAGUGUCUUGUUGCGCCUCCGUAUGCGGCUGCUGCGCUUGUUAUGUUUGUUCAAGCGAUUUUUGCGGAUAAGUGGAGGAUUCGGGGACCGGUUGUUGCUUUUAAUGCGGCUAUGGGGUUGGUUGGGCUUGCUCUUAUGGGGUAUUUGGAGAGUCCGGCGCCGAGGUAUUUUGGGAUUUUUUUGGCUACUAUUGCUGGUGAGUUCUCAAGUUUUUCAAGCUCUGGAGUUCUAUUCUAUGCUGUCAACAACAUCCGCGGCCAGUGGAAACGAGCUUUCACAUCAGCAACCCUCAUCGGCGGCGGGAGUAUUGGCGGAAUCUUCGGGACGACAGUAUUCCGCGCCCAGGACGCACCGAAUUAUCACCCGGGGCUUCUGGCAACUAUGUUGGCCAAUGCAGCGAUCAUCCUUAUUGUCGCUGCGAUGAGUUUCAAGUUCUCUCGAGCGAAUAAGCGGGCUGAAGGUGGUGGAAAGAUUAUCGAGGGGCUAGCCGGGUUUAGAUACACACUCUAG